AGGAUAGCUGUGUUUAUUUUCUUUCAGCCACAGAUGGUUUCAGAGGCUGAGAGGCUGAAGUAAAGACACACAGUCGGGGAUGAAGCCGCAGCUUUGGGGGGAAAGUUGCAUUUAUUGCAUACAUAGCCUGCCACAAGUCAUAGGCUCUCACGAUGUUAAUGCACACAGUUAGGUUUGCCGUUUUGGUUCUGAGCAUCAGAUCUGCAGACGGUUUCCCCAAUUACAAAGAUGACUACAUGGACGAGGACUUGGCCACCUUUGACUAUUACAAAGGGACGGAUGAAUUUGAGGAGGGGAACAGGACGCAGGAGUGUGAGGAGUGUGUGCCGGAGCUGUGCCCGCUCCCGCUGGGCUGUAGAGCGGGGCUGGUGCGGGACAGCUGCGGCUGCUGCUCUCAGUGCGCCAACCUGGAGGGACAGACCUGUGAUCUCGGCCAGAGAAACGUCUAUUAUGGACUGUGCGGAGAGAACCUGGAGUGCAAAUGGGACCGGUCGGGUGGAGCGGACGGAGAGGAGCCAGAAGCCCAGUGUGUGUGUUUGUCCCAGAAACCUCUGUGUGGCUCAGACGGACAGACUUACAUGAAUACCUGCAAAUAUAAAGAAGCGGCGUAUUUAAAUCCUGGACUCAAUGUGAGCGACGGGCCGUGCAGGACAGUCCCCAUCAUCAAGGUGCCGCCGCAUAAUCUGGUAAAUGCAACGGGCAGCAGUAUAGCAUUUCUCUGCGAGGUGUUUGCAUUUCCCAUGGCGCUAGUGGAAUGGAGAAAAGAUGGAAAAGAGGUUAUUUUACCUGGUGAUGAUCCCCACGUAUCUGUUCAGUCACGAGGUGGCCCUCAGAAGUAUGAACUUUCCAGUUGGCUGCAGAUUGAAGAGGCCAGUCAGAUGGAUUCUGGGACAUACAGGUGCAUCGCUCGAAAUGAGCUUGGCCACGUCUCAGCCACAGCGAUUUUAGGAGUCCUGCCACCAGAUGAGAUGUCUACCUAUUUGGAACAAAACAUGAAUGAAAUGAUGAACUAUGGCCAAUCACAGGACUAUAACAGGGAUUAUUACUAAAUUUCAGACCCCAACACCCUCAAAAAACUAAAACAAAAACAAAAAAAACACUUUUUUUUUACUUUUAGCCAUUCAGUUUGAGACAUGGCACUCAGGCAAUGACUGUAAAAAACUAAAAAGUAGUAAGCCUGCAAAAAAAAAAAACACCCCUCUCCAGAGCUUUUUCUACAUCUGGAUAAUCAAACAUGGACACGGCGAGGAAGAAGCUUAAAUAAAUUCCCAAUGGCACAGGCCUCUAAAAUGGAUGGAGAACACACAACGGGACUGUGGAGUAGUUUGGAAGCUGCUAGAAGCUCUGAAAUUCAGUACAGAGAGUAGCUACUGGAGCUGAAUGUCUCUAUUGUUUCACCAGUGUUCUCCUUCAGAGUGACAAGUUGAAUAACAAAACAUGAAUAACUGUGAAAUUUGAAUGAGACCUGUAUAAUUAUGAAAAAUACAUCUACCUUUUGAUAACUAUAUACAGUAUUAUAAGUGCAGUUUUGAAUUUUGAUCAAUAGAAUUUUAUAUUAAAAUACUUUAUUUGUGCGA